AUGAUUCCAGUGUUGCUGGUUGUGGCGGUGGUGGGCUGCUGGACUGCUGUUUACCUGAUCGACUUGGUGCUGAAGUCAUCUGUCUAUUUUAAGGAUUCUUAUGAAGACUGGUUGGAACACAAUGGAUUAAGCAUCUCUCCUUUUCACAUAAAAUGGCAGACAGCUGUGUUCAAUCGUGCCUUUUACAGUUGGAGACGAAAGAAAGCACGGAUGCUUUACCAGUGGUUCAAUUUUGGAAUGGUGUUUGGAGUAAUUGCCAUGUUUAGCUCUUUUUUCAUCCUUGGAAAAACACUAAUGCAGACUCUGGCACAAAUGAUGACUGACUCUCCCUCUUCCUCCUACACUUCUUCCUUGUCUUCUUCUUCAUCCCCCCUUUCUUCCUCCUCUACAUCGUCUUCCCCAUCUUCUUCCAUUCACAGGGAGCAGGUGCUGCAAGUUGUGGUUCCUGGUAUAAAUUUACCCAUAAACCAAGUUGCUUAUUUCUUCACUGCAGUGCUCAUUAGUGGUGUUAUACAUGAAAUUGGACAUGGGAUGGCAGCUAUUAGGGAACAAGUUCGAUUUAAUGGUUUCGGGAUUUUUCUCUUCACCAUUUAUCCUGGAGCAUUUGUUGAUCUAUUCACUACUCACUUACAACUUAUAUCACCAGUUCAGCAGCUGAGGAUAUUUUGUGCAGGUAUCUGGCAUAAUUUCACCCUUGCGCUCUUGGGCAUUUUAGCUCUUGUUCUCCUUCCAGUAAUUUUCUUGCCAUUGUACUAUGCUGGAGUUGGGGUGCUUAUCACUGAAGUGGCUGAGGACUCACCUGCCAUUGGACCCAGAGGCCUUUUUGUGGGAGACCUUAUCACCUAUCUACAGGAUUGUCCUGUCACUAAUGUGCAAGAUUGGAAUGAAUGUCUAGAUAAUAUAGCCUCUAAGCCUCAGAUUGGAUACUGUAUAAGUACAUCAACUUUACAGCAAUUAAGCAUCCCUGUUAGAGCAUACAAACGGCUAGAUGGUUCAAUUGAAUGUUGCAACAAUCACAGCCUCACAGAUGUGUGCUUCUCCUACAGAAAUAAUCUUAAUAAACGUUUGCACGGAUGUCUGCCUGCCCGGAAAGCAGUUGAAGCCACCAAAGUUUGUAGGACCAAUAAAGAUUGUAAAAAAGGAUCAACUGCAAGUUUCUGUAUAGUGCCAUCUUUGGAAAUUCACACUCGCUUAAUGAAAGUGAAACAUUCGUCUCAAAUUGAUACAUUGUACAUAGGACAUCCACUGCACCUUCACUACAUGGUAAGCGUAACCAGUUUUAUCCCUCGUUUCAACUUUCUAAGCAUAGAUCUGCCAGUGAUUGUGGAGACAUUUGUCAAGUACCUGAUUUCCCUGUCAGGAGCUCUGGCUAUUGGUAAUGCAGUGCCCUGCUUUGCUUUGGAUGGACAGUGGAUUUUAAACUCUUUCCUGGAUGCCACGCUUGCCUCAGUGAUUGGAGAUAAUGAUGUCAAAGAUCUGAUAGGAUUUUUCAUUUUGCUUGGUGGCACUGUACUUUUGGCUGCCAAUGUUACACUGGGGCUCUGGAUGGUUGCAGCAUAGUAAUUGCACUCAUAUGCUGGAAUCUAACUUACAAUACAUAGCUA